AUGGUGAAACAAAACGCGGUGGGUAUUGAUUUGGGUACGACUUAUUCGUGUGUUGGUGUGUUUAUGCAUGGUAAGGUGGAGGUGAUUGCGAAUGACCAAGGCAAUCGCACCACCCCAUCCUAUGUGGCCUUUACCGAUACUGAACGUCUCAUUGGAGAUGCGGCCAAAAAUCAAGUGGCCAUGAACCCACACAACACUGUCUUCGGUGAGUUUACGGCGAUUAUUUUAUAA